AUCAUGUUUCCUGCUUUCAAUAAGGAAAUCAUCAUGUCCAUCUCCUCUAGCCGCCAUCUCGAAACCGAUUUCGCCGGAGAAGCCGUCUUCUCCGACGAGCCGAUCGGAAAUAGCAUCGGCUUUGACUGCAUAUUGAUCCUCGCCGUUCUUAUCUGCGUCAUUGUCUGUGCGCUCUUGCUCGAUUUCAUCGUCCGGUGCGUCGUCCGGUGCUCCGGCCCGAUCCAGCCGCCUGGCCCGAUAAACCUCGGUGGAGCCACGGACGUGCAUCAGGCGAUCCAGAGGCUACCCAUCGUGAUCUACGAUUCGGAGUGCUCGAUCUGUCUAAACCAAAUCGAACCGGGCGAGCGAGUCCGGCUGCUGCCGAACUGCGGCCACGGCUUCCACGUGCAAUGCAUCGACCGGUGGCUCGCGGUCCGGUCGUCGUGCCCGACUUGCCGGCAAAUUCCCUUUACUUGUGGUCGAGAAGGGUCUGAGUGGGCUGACCCGGAGAAGGCGAUUUGGAAGAUAGUGGACCUGCAACUCGGGCGGUAAACGUGAGGAAGUGAGCCGUGAAUAGGCUUGUCUUUUUGUCUUUCUAUUUAGCGCAUGUAGAGAAUAAAAAUGAUCAGAAUUUAAAGUUA